AUGGUAACAGAAGGCGAUUUAGGUACGAAAGCUGUAAUAACAGCACCGUUAUCUCUAGAUUCAGAUACGUCGGAUUCUACUUAUCGAGCUCCGAACAUCAUCCAACGCAUCCUAAGCCUUCUCCAUAAUGUACGGCCAGGAUCCGACCUCACUCGUCUUCAGCUUCCACCACAGUUUAAUAUACCAAAGUCCCAACUUCAGUGCUAUGGGGAAUCGGUUUACUGCGUCGGGUCAGAUAUUUUAGGCAGAUGCUCGAAGGAAGAGUCGGCCAUUAGCCGGUUUUUGUCAGUUAUCGGGUGGAGCAUUUCAACUGUGCGCCCGUUACCUUUUGGCGUGGCCCCUUAUAACCCGAUUCUUGGUGAAAUUCACCAUGUCUCUAAGGGGACACUAAAUGUGCUAUUGGAACAGGUUUCGCACCAUCCACCUGUGACGGCCCUUCAUGCUACCGACGAAAAAGCGAAAAUCGAGCUCACGUGGUGUCAAUCUCCCGUACCGAGUUUUUACGGGACUCACAUUGAGACCGAGGUCCUCGGGAGACGAGAGCUAAAGCUUCUGGACAAGAACGAAACUUAUGUAAUGAACUCACCUAAUCUCGUCAUAAGAUUCUUGCCUUUGCCCGGCGUGGACUGGUUAGGAAAUGUGAACGUCCGGUGUGAAGAGACCGGGCUCGAGGCCGAGCUAUCUUAUAGAGGCAACUCGUUUUUGCCUCGUCCAUCGAUACACAGGUCGAUCAAAGGGAAAAUAUUUAUUUCGUCGACAUUAGAAACCAUUUACGAUAUCAAUGGCCAUUGGGACAAGAUUGUGACGGCAAAGGAUGUCUCGACCGGGAAGACAACGAUCAUCUACGAUGCGAACGAGGCACUUUCGGGUUUGAAGACCCCCGUUGUUAAGGAUCCCGAGGCCGUUUCAGAAAGCGAGUCGACUCUCGUGUGGGCCGACGUGAGCCAAGCCAUUCUGCAAAAGAGCUGGGAGAGAGCAAGGGAAGCCAAGACUCGAGUCGAGGAAAGGCAGAGAGAGCUCGCGCGGGAGAGGAAGUCGAAAGAUGAUGAUUUUCCCCCUAAGUAUUUCAGGGUAUCUUGUGAUCAUGCCAAGGGCAAUGGUUGGGAUUGCUUGCCAAUCAACAAGUUGGUUCCUAAGGCUCCUAUUCUUGUUGAUGACUGA